CGGACAGGCUGAUUCCAGAAAAGCGAAAGGGAAAAAUGACUUGGGACACGGAGUAGCCAAGAAGCUGAUAUACAUACGAGAUCUUCUCACGUGGAGCAUUUAAAAUAAACUGGUGUGUACGCGGUAAAGCCAUGGAACCGUCGCUGACCGGCAACCCAGCCACCCCAAAACCCAGCCCCUCAUCUCCAGCCACCCUGAGGCCAGGCCUUUCUUCUUCCAGCUCAUCUUCAACCCUAACCGCACCGACCUCAGAUCGCCCGAAACCUAAACUGACUAUGCCAACACCUCCAACCAUGCCCUCAUCUUCUCCCUCCACUGCCUCCCCUCGGACUUCUCCCAGCCUCUCCUCACGUUCUUCCUCUCUGUCCACGCCGCCUACUUCCCCUCUCCGCCAGCCCAUCAGGAGCCCCUCUCUGGUGGGCAGAUCUCAGCUGAAUGCAGCCUCUACGGGGACUGGAUCCAUAGCUGCUGGACCUGCUGCCAUGGCUCCACAGCUUCCUCCCACUCCUGAACCAGAAGAGCCGGAGGAGGAGAUCAGUCUUGAAGAUUUGGAGGAGAGAGCAAAGUCAGGAGAUGCAAAAGCACAGACAAAGAUGGGGCGAUACUUCCUUGCGCUUGGAGAACAAAGAGAUGAGGAACUAAACAACUGUACAGCGGUCACUUGGCUCAUCCAGGCUGCUAAACAAGGCCGCAGGGACGCCGUCAAACACCUGCAGCAGUGCUUAGCCUCCAGGAAAGGCAUCACUCUGGAGAACUUUGAGGAGGUGAAGAAGUUGUGUACAGAGACGCGCUUUGAGAGAGGAGUCAGGAAAGCAGCUCUGCUAAUGUACUGGAAGUUAAACCCGGAGAGGAAGAAGUCGGUGGCUCUUUCUGAGAUGUUGGAGAACGUUGAACACGUCCACACAGAGCCAGGCAAACCAGUGUCCCCCGGCCCACUAAAUAGCUCUGCUAAGAAACAGAGGAGAGUCCUAGAGUCUAUGGUCAGCAAUGAAGCCAGAUGCCAAGUGGGUCUGGAUGACUUUGUUGAGAUGACAAAAAAGUACGCCCAGGGUGUUGCACCUUCACCAGUCAUGGCUGCAGCAGGAGGUGAUGAUGAUGACGACGAUGAUGAUGUAGUAGUGAAGAAUCCAGAUGAACUGCCUUUACAUCAAAAGCUGCUGAAGUUCCCUCUGUACGCUCUGCUGGAGAUCAAGGAGCACCUCAUCGACUGGGCGUCACGGGCCGGGAUGCAGUGGCUCAGCGCCCUGAUCCCCACGCACCAUGUCAACGCACUCAUCUUCUUCUUUAUCAUCUCAAACCUCACAAUCGAUUUCUUCAUCUUCCUCAUCCCUCUCCUGGUUUUCUACCUCUCAUUCUUCUCCAUGAUCAUCUGCACACUGCGAGUAUUUCAGAAUUCAAAAGCAUGGGAAAACUUUCGGGCCCUGACUGACCUGCUCACUCACUUUGAGCCUGGCCUUGAUCUGGAGCAAGCUGAGACCAACUUUGGAUGGACACACUUGGAGCCUUAUCUGUACUUCCUGCUCUCUGUGAUCUUUGUGGUUUUCUCUUUCCCGGUUGCUGAUAAAUCCUGGAUCCCCUGCUCAGAGUUGGCUGCUGUCGCUCUCUUCUUCACUGUCACCGCCUUUCUCAGCCUUCAUGCGUCUGCUCAGCUCUUCGCUCGUAAAGCUCUCCUCACAGAGGUCCUCUCCGGAGCUUGCUCCCUCACCCACCUCCUGCCAGACUCCUUCCCCUGGUUCCUCAGGGUCUUUGGGAUGACGUUCAUCACUGUGCCUAUAGGGGACAUAAUGGUGCUGAACCUGGGGGUGCCGUGUCUGCUGUAUGGACACCUUUUCUAUCUGCUCUUCCGUAUGGCCCAGCUGAGAGGCUUUAAGGGCACCUACCUGUGCCUAGUGCCAUACCUGGUUUGCUUCACCUGGUGUGAGCUCUGCUUAGUGUUCCUUAACAACGCCUCUGCAAUAGGACUCAUCCGCACCUGUGUUGGCUACUUCCUCUUCCUGUUCGCCCUUCCUAUACUCUCACUGGGCCUAGCAGCAAUGCUCAUCAUUCAGUUACUGCAGUGGUUUCUGGCCCUGGAAGUGACCAAAAUGAUCGUCACCUUGACAAUUUGCUUCGUGCCAGUAGUGUUGAGGCUCUGGACUCGCUUCAGCCUCAACCCCAUCGUGGUUCUACGGUCUUUGUCAGGGAGCAGCAUAGUGAAGCUCAUCCUGGUGUGGCUCAGUGCUGUGGUGCUCUUCUGCUGGAUGUACGUCUACAGGUCUGAAGGCAUGAAGGUUUAUAACUCCACCUUGACGUGGCCCGAGUACAGCAGCCUUUGUGGCCCAAUGGCCUGGAAAGAGGCUAACAUGGCACAAACUCAGAUCCUCUGCUCUCAUCUCGAAGGACAUCGUGUCACCUGGGCCGGACGCUUCAAAUACGUCCGUGUGACCGAUAUUGAGAAUGGGCCACAUUCAGUUAUCAACCUGUUGCCUGUAGUCAUGGGGAACUGGAUGCGGUGCCUGUAUGGUGAGCCGUAUCCUUUGUGUGAGGAGGAAAAGAAUGACACAGCUGAGCCCCAGCCCCUGCCUGCCCCAGCUCCUCCUCCAGUAGAUCCCCUCUGUAAACUUAAAAAACUGGCCAAACAUGAAUGUCACAUUAAACGCUUUGAUCGAUACAAAUUUGAAGUCACGAUGGGCAUGCCGCUGGAGAGGAAGACCAAGAACGGGACGAUCAUAGAGGACGAAGAUGCAACUAAGGACAUAGUUCUGCGGGCGAGUAAUGAGUUCAAGGCUGUGCUUUUAUAUUUACAGACAGGAAGUCUGGUGGAGUUCAGCACCAUUCUGGAGGGUCGUUUAGGUUCCAAAUGGCCCGUGUUUGAACUGAAAGCCAUUCACUGCAUAUCGUGUGGUGAUACCCCGCUGCCCAGCCGCAGGCAGUACAAGAUUGAACACGACUGGAGGCGCACGGCUCGGAGCGCCCUGCAGUUUGGUUUUGACUUCUUCUUCAACCCGUUCCUGACGGCUCAGCUAGAUCAACCGUCUGAGACUGAAACAGAGAUUGUGACACAAGAGGCCGGGUAGAGAUCUGGCAAACACACGUCUGGGAGAUAUAAGAUGUAUGAUAACGACAAUAACAGUUGAAGAACAUUAAUGAUUGUACAUCACUCCUAUUAACACUGUAUGAGGGCGGACCCAGACAUUUGUAGGGCUGGAUUAGUGGAUAUUCGUUCAUUGGGUAUUUGGUUUUCAAUUUUAGGAUUCAGAUUAAUUCUUUUUUUAACUGUAGAAUGACAGAAUCCCUAAAACUUAAUGCCUUUAAUUAAACUGAAAAAAGUGUGAUAGUCAUUACUGCAGUCAAUACGGUUGCACUGCUGUCUACUAUCUCAGUGUUUCUCUGAGGGCAGGACUUUGCACACACACACAACGAUGUGAAGCAAAGAGAAAGGUGCAGUGACGACUCGGCAGUCUGCUAACUUGUUGCUCUCGCUACAAAUAUAAACUACUCUGUUUCAGUGAUCUGAAAAACAUGCCUGCAGACUGAAAUUCAGUUAGCCCCUGCGCUAAUGAAUGCAGUGUAAAGUGCCAUAGGCUUGUAGGAAAUAUCGGACUGAGUGUCACGCUCCUUAUAGCAAAUAUUCAAAUAUCAAAUAGUUAAAUACCAAAAAUGGUAUUGGGGACAGGCCUAGACAUUUGUGGUGUCAGUCAUGCUGUAAAUCUGAACUUGAGCGAGUGUGUGUUUGCAUUCUUUUACCUUUUGAGCCAAAAUAUGUGAGAAUCAUAAUAUAAUGAAAUAUAUAGAGGGGAGAAACACAAACUGAUACAGUUUUUAGAAUAAGUAAUUUACUGCCUAACACUAAAGUAAGAAAAACACAAUCUAAACCUCCUGAGCUGUGGUUUGUUAUACAUUUCUUUCAAUUUAAGCUGCACUGGUGCUCACCACAUACUGCUAACGGAAGUCAUUUUGAUUAUGUUUAUUAAUUGUAUAAACACUAUGUGUGCAAAUAUUUGUAGCCAAAUCACCAGUAUUUCAAUAUACAUUAACAGUUUCCUUGUUGAACUGUUCUCUCAUUGUUGUGUCCGUGGCCUACAACAGGUUGUAAUGCUGAUUCUUACUUGUGAAGGUUUCAUUCGCUGUCAAGCUUUAAUGACUUAACAUUAAACAGUAAAUUAUGUGCUGUUUUGAGAAAUAAUUUUAAGUGCCUUAUAAGACAGUCUCAAUUCAAAAAUUAUUUGGAAGAGAGUAGACUAAAUAAUCUUUUCUAACCUUUAACAGCUCAGCUGCACCUGCACUUGUACGAAGCAGUUUUAGAAAGUUUAUAUCUGUCUUCUCUGUUCUCUUAUAUCUUUUUCUCCUACAGUUGUUUUCCCUCCCCUCCCUUGUUUAUCUCCAUCUCUGCUGUGCAGAGAUUUAAUCUAUUGAACAUUUGCAGUCCCUGAGUGAUGAUGUGUUUUCAAUUAGGAUGUCACUACUGUUUUCUUUACUGUGACCCAUAAACAAACUGAAAA